AUGGAGCGCACAAACGGGAACGGCUUUGGUCCUGCCACCCCAGGCACUAGGGAGAAGUUCGAAGAUGAGAAGCGUCGCAUCAUCGAGAGUUGCUUUAGCAAGAGGGAGCCGGAUGGGACGCCUCUAUGCCAGCUCCUUCUCUCGUCUAUCAAGCUAACAUCUAAGCCAGUCCAGGAGACGUACAUCACCCACCUUCGCAUUACCGAAUUCUCGACGCAUCCUGCGACGCCGCCGCCUCCGCAAGCUCGAACUCCCGACUCCCAAAAACCUCGAGCCAUCAUCAUCGCAGUUCGGAAAUCGGGCCGCGUCCGCAUGCACAAGUCCAAGGAAAACCCGAAUGGAACCUUCUCCAUUGGCAAGACCUGGAACUUGGAUGACCUCACGCACAUUGAGUCCUUUACCAGCCCACAAGCCAACCCUCAGCACCGAGAAUGGGCUGGAGAUACCGGGUUCAUAGUCACCUUGGUGAAGCCUUAUUUCUGGCUGGCGCAGUCUGAUAAAGAGAAGAAGUUCUUCAUCGCCAGUAUGAUCAAGAUUUAUGGCAAAUAUACGGGCGGUUUGGUUCCCGAACUCUUGGGUUUCGACCCAAGGGAGCUGGAGCAAGUCAUGGGAGCGGGCAAGCGGCCUCCUCCCAACAUUGGCGGCCAAUAUCACAACGGACCACCGCCAAUGAGGCCACCACAGGGCAUUUCUUCUCCUCCAUCAAUGCCCGGUCAUCCCAACUUCCCACCGCACAUGCCUGGCUCUCACGAUGGCCCGCCUAGAGCGACUAGAACCCCUCCGAUCCGACAGCAACCGCCGAGUGGCACCAAUUCCCCUGCUGGCAGCUUCGAUUCGUCGGCCUCGAGAGACCGGGAUAGGACCAACCUACGAAAAGUCGUCCAGAAUAGCAAAAGUCAAGAGUCCAUGUCGAUGGCGGUUCGAAACGGACCACCAGGUCCUCAAGCUGAGCCACCGACCCAGCCACUGCCACAGAUACCGAACCAACAUGGCCCCAGUCGGUCAAGAGACGACCAGACGCCCCCCAUGCCCCUUCCACUCAUGCGACCACCGAGCAGAGCCGCCAGAGAUGAACAAGCUGCGCAGAACAUUCCAUCGCCUAGUCGAGGGCGGGAGGACCAAACACCCCCUGAGAGGAAGCGUCCUCCCAUGGACCCAACACGGCCACAAGAUAGAGACUUGGUGCCGGCACCUCUCAUUCCUGGUACUGGCGGCCCUGGCAAGAAGGACCCUGUCAUGCCGCCACCACGAAGUGCAGAGCGAGCCGGGCGUAAAAACUCUACCAGCCAAGGUCCCAACCAUCCUCCCGCCCUUACCCCCUCUCUGGGAACAGAUUCUACCCCCACCGUACCUAUACAAAGUCCCGAGGUCCCUAAAUCAGAUUUUACUUCGGGUGGGCUGAACAGUCUCCCGAUCCCUUCUCCGACCGUUAAUAUCCCUCUGCCAGUAACGGGCAAAGAAGCACUAACCUUGCAAACUGAUAUUGAGCAACCAUCCAAGGUGUCACCCGUAUCGGCGGCAGCACCAACGUCGGGACCUCAGGAAGAGACGUCAGCCAAGGGUGAUGAAACUACCGCCAAGGAUGAAGACAAGACAGACGAAGAGGAGAGACCUGGUCUCGGGCCUAUGAUCAAGUCUCCAAAGACGAAGGAGCAGGUUGCGGGAGCAUUCUGGAAGGCGGCAGCGGCAGCGGCAGCAUUUAAACCUCGUCGAGGAGGUGCCGGGGAGCGACUACGACUGGCGGCCCAGAAAACAACCGACGGCCCAGACGGGAUCACGGAUGUGGUUCCAGCACCCCCUAAGCCAGACACACCCAAAGAAGACUCGGCCCCUCCAACUCCAGAUGUUCCGGCGCGUGCUCCUCAGCGUCGCUCCAACAUUCCCGACGUCAAGGUUGCGGUGCCAAGCAUAAAUCGGCCAUUAAGUGGCCAAGGCGCGUCAUCUCUUAUCAAAGAGAUUCCCGAGUCUUUCCCCAAGGAACCGGCUCGACCAGUACGAGCUGUAGGGAAGGAUUCAGAAUAUUUGCAGAGUCUCAGUGUUGACCACCGGAUUCUCGAUAAUAGAAGCGAAGGAUUUGGCCGAUGGCUUGACCAUUUUGGCUGGAUACCUGGUGAACAAAUGCAGUCUGGGAAUGUCGAUGAUAUGAGGGCCGACCUCGAACGAGAGUUGAAUAAGACACAAGCUGGCGGCUGGCUGGCGCGCUUCCAAGAAGAAGAUGACAAGGUAGACGCUAUCAAGCUGGGGAUCGAUGUCGCCAUCUUGGAAUGCGAGGAGUUGGACAAUCUCCUAACGCUGUAUUCCGUUGAGCUUUCGACGUUAUCCGAGGAUAUUGCCUAUAUUGAAGCACAAGGCCAAGGUCUUCAAGUCCAAGCCGCAAACCAAAAGCUGCUGAAACAGGAACUCGAGUCUCUUCUUGAGACCUGUGCAAUCACCACCACCGAUCUACAAGUGCUUCGUACGGCACCCCUGGACAAUAUUCAAGGCCUUUCUGAAGUUGAAAAUUCCUUAGUUGUCCUCUUCAAGGCUAUGAUCAAGAUUGAUCCCAGCCUCGGAGGGCGCGAACCAGGAAAGGCCGGGGAUUCGUCAGUCGAUGAUCAAGCAUUGGGACUUGAUAGUGACUACGGUAACAUGAGGAUUGUUCAAGAAAAGAAGGAAAUGUACGUGCAAGAGAGCUCGCAUUUUAUGCAGCACCUCAUCGGCUUCAUGCCGCAACAGUUCGAUCUGGCACUUGCCGAGACGAAACGUGCUCUCAGUGGAGCUCUAGCAAAGAGAGGCGACUCGAGCCACCACGAAGCUGGUAGAGAUGUCCUGUGGAAAUACGGCCCCUUGAUGCUUUAUGCCCGAGACGUCGAUUUGAAAAGCUGGAGCCAGAUGCUUGGCAUCUAUCAAGAGAAGAGCCAUCCUGUGUAUAAGAACGAAUUCCAGACUAUCAUGAUGAGCUGCCGCAAGAACGCCCGCAAGAUGACCAGCGAGGAACAAGUAUGGCUCUUCACCACUCAAAUAGAAAAGCAACAGGAGAACGUGGCGACAGCGGCUAGAAAGAUGACGGUGAAGCGAAGUCAGACGCUCGCCCGCGCUCUGCGAUCUCCCCUCUCCGAGGGUAAGGCUGAUCGCCAAAAGGCAGGGUCCGGGACCCUCCCAUGGGAAGUAUUCAGUGCUGUUUUGGACGAGCUGCUCCCUCUGGUUGAAAUGGAACAAAACUUCAUCAUCGAUUUCUUCCAUGCUACAACGCUCGAGCAGACAGACUUCCCAGAUGCGGUUGCUUCCAGCACGCCCCAGGAUCGUGGUGGCGGUGAUCUCAAGAAACAUCGUAUCAUGGAGCCUGACCGUGAUCUCGCUAGGCGUGUCACACGGUCCAUGGAGACCAUUUUCUCAUUCUUGGAUCAUGAUCUGCAAAAGCUGAUGGAAUGGGUCAUAUCCCAGGAUCCUUUACAAGGAGUGGGCAUGUUUGUGGCGGUUGAGAAGAAGAUGGCAGAUAUUAGUCAAACGAACCAAGACUUUAUCAACACGAUUUUCCAAAAACAGCACGGUCUGCUUGGCGGCCGGUUCAGGAAAUUCGUAGAUGAUCAAAUCCGGGCCAUUGAAGAGACAAAGGUCAAGAUCCACAAGCGCAAGGGAGUUAUUCAUUUCAUUCGCGUGUUCCCUGCUUUCUCUACAGUGGUUGAGAAUAUGCUGGUUGGGAUUGAUCCCAAUCUCCCUAUCCGGCGGACAGUGGACCGAGAGUACGAUCGAAUGCUCAAGUCCAUGUUUGAUUCCCUUCUCGUUAUUGCUCGCGAGAACCCGGCAGUGGGCGUCACGAGCGGCGGAGGAGACCCCGAGGACAAGGAGGCUCUCAACUUCCACAUUCUUCUCAUUGAGAACAUGAACCAUUUCGUUGAGGAGACGGACACACGAGGACUAGAUGUUCUCGAAAUCUGGAAAAACAAUGCAAGCAGGGAAUACCACGAACAUAUGGGCCUGUACCUCAAUGCAGUGAUGCGCAGGCCGCUCGGCAAGCUCCUUGAUCACCUGGAGAACAUUGAGGCCCAGCUGCAAUCCGGCAAGGCGCCAAACCUGAUCGCGGCCCAGCCUUCAAACACCAAAACUAUUUUUAACAAAAUACUCGGCAACUACGACUCCAAGGAGGUACGCAAGGGCAUCGAAGCGCUGCGGAAGCGAGUAGAGAAGCACUUUGGCGAUGCAGACGAUCCGGCGCUGAGCCGCGAUCUUGUCGCGAAUGUGAUUCGCGAGAGCGAAAAGUUCUACGUGGAUGUUGAGUCGAGAAUCGGACGGAUUAUCACCGAUGUGUACGAGGGCGAUGUGCUGUUCGAGUGGCCCAGGGCGGAUGUCAAGGCUGCUUUCAAAUGA